AUGCAUUUACAGGUUUCAAAGGGCAACUUUACUUACUGGCGAUGCUCAAAACGAUCAAAAAGUCUGCAUUGUCCAGCAACUGUUUCGCAGAAAGGAAGUGAGUUCAAGCUCAACUCCAGAGAACACAUCCACCAGGCAGACAAGGCUGCACUGACGAAAGUAUUAAUACGGAAGGAGGUUAAACUUACUUCACUGGAAGCAGUGCACUGCCCUGCCCGGCGCAUUGUGGAGGAUGUGAUGUUAGGUCACAACGAACCGGGAGGACACGAACUGCCUAAACUAGAAAAUUUAAAGCGUCUGGCAAACAAGGUCCGAGCAGCGAAGCAGACCUCAGACCGACAGAACCACGGACGCUUGAUUUUGAAAUAGACACAGACUAUUUGAAAUUGGAUGAGUUCCUCAUCGGAGAUGUACGUGUAGACGAUCAACGACACCUCAUAUUCGCAUCGCCCAUCCAAUUGGAGCUGCUCCAAAACGCAAAACGUUGGUUUUGUGAUUCAAUGUUGUCACUGCCCCCUUUCA